AUGCCGUCGCCGGCGCCGUUCAUCUACUGCGACGUCGCCGAGGACGACGGCCCCGGCGGGGAGAAGAAGGCUCUCGUGAAGGCGGCCCUCGACGGCGUUCUCGUGAAGAGUCUUACCAAGGGAAAGGGAGGUCUGGAGUCGGUUUUUUCCUUGAACAAGGAUGGAAUCGGUGUGCUGCACGCCGCGGCAUGUACGGGCCAGCUCGAGGUUUGCAAGUAUCUGGUGGAGAAGCUUGGGGCAGAUGUGAAUGCUCCUGGAUGUGGAACUGCUGCUCUAGGAGCGACUCCGUUUAUGACGGCUUGUCAGUCUGGUGAUGUUCCGACCGUCAAAUAUUUGCUUGAUCGUGGUGGUGAUCUAACAAAAGCAGAUGAAAAAGGACGCACAGCUCUCCACCAUGCUGCAUCUACAGGAUCUUGUAAGGUAACAGAGUUCCUGCUUUCGCAAGGAGUGCCAGUCGACAUAGACUGUGGCCGUGGCACACCACUAUUUAUGGCUGCUACAAAUGAGAAAGAUAAGACACUGAAGAUUUUAUUGGACCACAAGGCAAAUCCUAAUAUCAUUAUUAGUGGUGUUGGAGGUCCCCUGCUCAGUGCUCUUAUUUACCGUUCAUUGAAGUGCAUGAAGCUACUCAUAAAGGCUGGUGCUGAUGUUAACUCCAAGGGUGCUAUGAUGAAUCCUUUGUUACUUGCUACGAUGCAUGGAGGUUACACCAACUACAUCAAGUUGCUACUGAAGGCUGGGGCAGAUCCUAAUAUUCCCGAUGAUUUGGGUAGGCUGCCAAUAGAGCUUGCUGCAUUACGCGAUUGCUGGGAAGAGGUUGAAAUGCUGUUUCCUUUGACUACUAGAAUUCCAGAUGCCCCAGUCUGGAGUAUUGAGGGAGUGAUUUCUCAUGCGAAAAUUCAAAAUAAAAAGCCAAUGGAGCAACAACACCUUGAAAGAAGAAAUGCUUUGCUCAAGUCACAGGCUGAUACGGCAUUCAAGCAGAAGGAGUAUAAGAUGGCAAUAGAGUUUUAUGGCUUGGCAAUAGCCCAUGGAGAGAGUGCAACACUGUAUGCAAACAGGAGUCUUUGUAAGCUACUCAUGGGUGAUGGUGAUGGUGCUUUGUCAGAUGCUCUUAAGUGCCGAAUGCUGCGACCUAAGUGGUCAAAAGCGUGCUACCGUCAAGCUGCAGCUCACAUACUACUCAAGGAAUAUAAACAAGCCUGUGAUGCUUUCGAAGAUGCACAAAAAAUGGCUCCUGGGAAUGCCGAGAUUGAGAGUGAAUUAAGUAAAGCUAGGGAGCUCAUGAAGAAUCCUCCUGGCGAUGAUUAGCAGUGAGGCGUGGGCGUGGACUGCAGGCUGCAAUAUGUUCCAGUUUUCACCGAAGUAGAGCUAGCGGGAACUUCUAAUCCUUACGUUUUGUUAGGAACCAAAACUCUGAAUCUUAAUGGGAAUGUUGCGUCUUCAGACUGCUAAGACGACUUACUAUGAUAUUUUCUUGCCUGGCCCGUGAAUCUUACCGGCCGUAUAGAGUCCCUUUUUGUUUGGACGACUUACUAUGAGUAUAUUUGCAAUUGGAAGUAUUCAAUUUCCUUGUGGUAUAUCAA